AUGAUUGCUGGAUUUGCUGGCUCAGCAAUUGCACAGGGACCAUGUGUUGGCCGAAUCGAUCGGUGGUCAGAGUGGAACCCGACAAGCCGGAAACCACUUUGGCUCCUCCUCUCAGGUGCCACAGAUCCACCUAAGGAAAUUGGAAUUUCUAAGAGACGAACUCGGGAUGCACAAGGAGAUAGGAAUGGUGCAUUUUUAGCUGGUGUGACUCGUGAUUUAGUCAACAUGGAAGAUGUAGUUGGAUCAAAGCUGUAUAACACUGUUAAAGAUCUUUAUCUCACUAAGCACGCAGCUCUUCGACAUGUCACCUUGCUUUUUGAAAAAUGCAAGGACACAAACGCCAAGCCUAUGUUGUACUAUACAGGGCAUGGUGAAAUUGGUACUGGAAACUGGUGCUUUGCGGAUGGGACAGUCAGUAUUCAAGACAUUUUUGGCAUGGUGCCUGGUGGCUGUUAUUACCCACUGAUAUUCAGUGAUGCCUGUUACAGUGGUCACUGGGCAAAUUUCUGUCUUGACAAAAGUAUUGGUGGUUUCCACUGCCUAGCAGCAUGUCCGGAGUACUCAACGGCUCUUGAUACCAAAGGUGUGUAUGAUUCACAUGCUUUAAUUAAUAUGAAACACCCAGUUAAAUUAUAUUAGGCGUACGCCAGUGGCGCCGGCACGAGUUCGAAGUAUCCACUCAAACAAAGCUUCUGCCAUUAAGCCAUGGGAAACGCCAGCCGUGAUUCUACAGAGGAAACUCGAUUUAACAGAGGGCCAAGGGAUUGGCAAAAUUUGUUCGCUAUACAGUGCAACCUCGAUAUAACGACACCCUCGGUAUAACGAACGAUUCUGUUUUCAACCCGUUGUUAUUAAUAGUAAAUCAUCUAUGAAGAGAAAGCACAAUAUCACGACACCUCGACGUUAUGGCGAACAAAUUUUAAACACUGAUUAUUGGAUGAGGUUUUUGUGAUAUCCAGAAUAAUUAAGGUCGAGGUAGGGGCUAUCAGGUUAUUAUUAAAAACCAAAUCUAAUAAUUGUUUUAUUAUACAUUGAACGAAUCCUUUCUUUCUCGCCUCGACAUAACAUGUUUUCAAAGUUUGUGCCAACUCUUUCUUUUCCUCAGGUUUUCUCAGUUUUCUCUCUUUCACGUAAUCAGCAGACAGCUCCUUUGCCACCUUCGUCGAUCGUUUUGUGUUUGUGAGUCCUCGUCCUCAACUACAUUUUCGGUGUCUUGCUCGGUUAACAAAGCAAACCUGGAAGUCAUGUUCUUGCUUCUUCACUAACGGCAAGCAACACAAAGCGCACGAACUUGACAUGAUUACCCUUUGAAAUCAUGCACCGCGAUCAUACAUGACAUGAUUACCUGUGACCUUGAGUGUCCUUGACUUGAUUAUUGUGUAAUCUGCAGCUAGAUGACGUCCCAGGCGCUGAUUUCGAAAAUUCACUGUACGCUUUCGGCCAAUCAGAAAAGAGAUAGUGAGUUCAAUGUUUAAUAAUACCACUUACUUGGUCCUUCGUUAUAACGAGAUUCCACCGGUAUUUGUACGAGGUUUCGUUAUAUCGAGGUUCUUUUCCACAUAUUUUACUACAAUCGAACCUCCACUAACGGCCACCUCUCUACCAUGGCCUUUUUUUUGGUCCCGACGGACAGCAGUCCAUGAAUUGACUCUUGUUUAAACCUCGCUACGACGCCAACGAUCACUAAAGCGAGUCCCCAGCUGCCAAAAUAACUUCUCGAAAACGGCCAUUUUUUUCAGCGACUGCCGGAAAAUUCAGAAAUGGUCGUGAAAUUUGAUCCAUAUGUCGCGUCGAUGUUUAAUGGCAAUCUUAUGUUCACUGUACGUGCUCUAUUUAUUUUGCUGCAGUAGGCUUAAAUUGUCUAGUACAAUACUUAUGGCGAAUGUUGCGAGACUUGCUCGGUUUAUCAUUUUUCAUUCAAGACUUUUAUUUAGUACUAUCUAGGUUUUUUUGUGUAUUUUAUACCUAUAAAUAUCAUUUAUGACUGGAUUACCAUUAUGGAAUAUAGUAAGCAUGAACUUGGCACAAUAAACAUGAUGUACCCCCCUAAAGAAAUUGUCUUGUUUCACUCCUUCCUCCCCAUCACGGCCACCUCUCCACAAAAGGCCACUUUACCCCAAGGUGGCCUGGCCGAUGUGGAGAGGACUGACUGCAUUAUUAGGGUUCUUUAUACCAAUGACUUCGUUAUAUAGGGGUUCGUUAUAUCGGGCUUCUAUUCUACUGACAUUCUGCACUUUUCAAAUUAUUUGUAGAUGAAGGAGGAGAUCUAACACUGUACAUGACUGGAAAGAAACUACGGCCAAGAACAGAGCCCAUAUAUAGUGGCGAAAAUAGAGAUGACUUCCCCAUCACCUAUGAAUAUAGUACCGUUGAUUACACUGAUUUUAUCAGUAGCCAUGUUUUAAAUAGCCAAGACAUUUUGAUUUCCCAGAGCAUGCAUGAUGGCUUCUUCUCAGGAAUUUUUGCAAGUUCAAAACUUUACAAUCCAAGACCUGCGACAUCUUGGGGAAUUACAAGAAACUACGACUCGUUUCUUGAGUUCGCUGAUGAGGAAUGGAAAAGGGUGAAUGGUAGGUCAAAGAACAUAUACUCCCUUGCCUGUGAUGAGAAGUUUGGGUUCGGGGCGUUCUUUAUGGAUGGCUACGGCACGAAACAAGUCAUUAUAGAAAGCACGGAUGAUAUACAGAAACAAGGGAAAGACGGUCUUAAAAUAACUUCAUGUGCUGCCCUAGAUUCAACAUUUUACAUCGUCAUGACAAAAGACACUAAGGAAUACGAUGGAAAAGGGCAGAAGUGGUUUACUCGUAGUACCUGGACAGAAACAAGAGAUGAAAUACAGGAGGGAUACAAAGAAGGAAAAGUUAUUACUGGAAUAUGUUACUCAACUGGGCUGGAGCAGUAUUUAGUUGUUAUGACGAAGAUGCCACAAAGGCAGUCCUACAGGUGGUUCAACACGACUGAAGCAAUAGCCUUGAGUGAUUGGGAAGACAAGAAAUUUGAACAGGGAUUCUAUCCUACUAUCAUCUUCGAGGAUCCAACUGAAAACUUAACUUUAAAUGUGAUGACUGAGGAUGAAAAUAGAUCGGGUUAUGUACGUCGACCUCAAUUUAAAUUAAGGUAG